AUGCUGCCCUCCCAGGAGGCCUCGAAGCUGUACCAUGAGCAUUAUAUGCGGAACUCGCGGGCCAUUGGGGUGCUGUGGGCUAUCUUCACCAUCUGCUUCGCCAUCAUCAACGUGGUGGUCUUCAUCCAGCCCUACUGGGUGGGCGACAGCGUGAGCACCCCUAAACCCGGCUACUUCGGCCUCUUCCACUACUGCGUGGGGAGCGGGCUGGCCGGCCGGGAGCUCACCUGCCGGGGCUCCUUCACCGACUUCAGCACCAUCCCGUCUGGGGCCUUCAAGGCGGCUGCCUUCUUCGUAUUGCUGUCCAUGGUGCUGAUCCUGGGCUGCAUCACCUGUUUCGCCCUAUUCUUCUUCUGCAACACAGCCACAGUCUACAAGAUCUGUGCCUGGAUGCAACUGCUUGCAGCUCUCUGCCUGGUCCUGGGCUGCAUGAUCUUCCCUGAUGGCUGGGAUGCCGAGACCAUCCGAGAUAUGUGUGGGCAGAAGACGGGGAAGUAUUCUCUGGGGGACUGCUCUGUGCGCUGGGCAUACAUCCUGGCCAUCAUUGGUAUCCUCAAUGCCCUCAUCCUCUCCUUCCUCGCCUUUGUGCUGGGUAACCGGCAAAACGACCUCCUGCAGGACGAGCUCAAGACAGAGAGCAAAGAUUUUGUUGGCUCUGCGAACAUAACAGAGAUGCUGCCACUGGGCCUCGCCCUCUCUGGAGGCCCCGGACUGGACUCUUUCCCGCCUUUUUCUGCCAACGACGGUUCAGUGACCUGCACCUCGAAGCCUCAGAUGCUGCCAACCUCCCUUGGGCGGCCUCCCCGAGACCCCGCUCUCCCCAGCCAGCUCACCUAAGAUGAAGAUGACCUGCCUGGAGGGAGGGAGCACGGAGUCCUGGGGUCCUUCACCCCUUCCUCUCUUCACCCGACACCCCACUGGCCACUGACCCCACCGCUUUCCCCAGGGUCCAGCCAGCUGCAGCUUGGGGUCAAGACAAAAAGAUCGACUGAAUUAACUGCCACCAUGCAGAGACGCUGGGGAGAGAGGCUGGACAGCUUCUCCUUCAUCCCCCCGGGGCCAGGACCCUCCUCCCCUUUCUCGUCCUUUCAGGCUGAACCGGAGCUGCUCCCGGACCCGGGCAGGGGGCGGGGGUUGCUUUCUUUCUGGAUCGGGCUCCCUCUCCUCCUGGCCCCCUCUCGGGAGGACUCCUCCACAGACUGGGCCCAGCCUCGACGCCCCUCAUCUGCCGCCCCCCCCCUUGGCCUGGGCCUGUUUUGUACAGCACAGAAUUCUCAGUUCUUUUGUUGGUGGGGAUGGGGGAGGGAGAGUGGAAGAGGGGCCCAGAGACAUUCCUCUCCUCCAUCUGCCAGUGGCAGAAACUGGCCUGUUUCUUUGAUACUUUUAUGUGCAAUUUGAACUUGCAGCUCACCUCCAAACAGGGUACUCCCCGUCCCCCCCCACCCCGUGCCCCAUCUUCUCUCUGCACCCCUACCCCCAAUGGGGGGCCUCCACUUCUACCACUUCAUGCUUUAAGUCCAUUGUUUUGGAGACUUGAUGGGGCUGUAAUUGGGGCCAAGGGAGCAGGUGAACGUGUGUGAACAUGUGUGUUUGUGUGUGUGUAUGUGUGUAUGUGUGUGUGUGUGUGUGUAUGUACUACAGGUAGUCAGAGAGGGAAUGGGCUUCUUGCCUUAUCUCCUUCCCCCAUCCACCCACCCUCUGCCUUUCUUUCCAGAGUGGAGAGAUGGAAUCAGGGGCACCAGGGGAAGUUCACGGGGUCCUCUGGAUCGUAGGAACAGAGCCACUAGCCUUGGGGACCUCAAUGGGGUUUGAACCCCUUCUUUCAACUCCUUCCCCAUCCCUCUCCAAAAGAGUGGGUGUCCCCAUUCACUCUCACGUCCAUGGGAUUUAGAUUGGAUUAUGAAGAUGUCCCAACAUAAUUCCUCUCCCCCCUCCCUCUCCCCAGUGGAUCAGAAUCUUUGCUUAUCCCCUCCCCUCCCAGGAAAAGACAGAGCUUCUGCUUCCAUUCCUUUCCUGCCUCCCAUCCCGGUCUCAUCCCCUUUGUGGAGUCAGGAGACCAGGUCCCUGGAUGGUUUGGGAUAAGGGUGGAUUCCCAGAGGUCCUGGACUUUCUCAGACCCUUUUCCUUCCUUCCCCACCCAGGGGAAUCAUCCCACUCAUGCACCUCCACUCUGGCUCCAGCACUGUGCUCCCCUCUGACUCCUUCCCCUUCCUCUUCCCACAGGAAAAAAAAAAGAACUUCAUAAAAAAAAAAACCCAACCCAAACCACACAGCAAUGCUACAAUACAGUUAGGGUGAGAGUGGGCAUGCGGGAUCCAAUGACGCUCCCAAAGAUGAGGACAGACUCAUCAGGGGGUGGCAAUGUAUGCAAUGAGCUCUUUGAACAUACACACCAAAGUUCAUAUGAGAAGGCUCCAGGCUGAGGGAAAGGCAGGUAACAGUCAUAAAACAGACAGACAGACGGAAACAGAGAUAGAGACAGAGACAGAGAGAAAUGAUGAAGGGAAGAGACCCAGGAAGUACAAGCAAAAAGGGCUACAAGGAGGGAAAGGGGGGUAAGGGAGAGAGGGAGCCAGAUGGCAGAAAGGAAUAAGGAGAUAAGGGUGGGGAGGGAGGGAAGGAAAGGAAGAUAGACUUCGAGAAAGAGAAAAGGAGGCACAGGGGAGACAGGCUAAGAGUUGGGGAGAUAGGGAGAAGAAACCAGGUGGAAAGAGACUUGGAGAGAGGCUGGUGGGUUAGAGGGAAGGAGAAGCAAAGCUGAACAGACACAGAGGGAAAGAAAAAAAGGAUUACAGAAAUUUGAAGAGGAAGAGGAAGACAAAGACUUAAGAAAGGGCAUAGGAAGGUAGAUCUGGAGAGCUAAAGAUAGGAAGGGAAAAGGGUUGCAGAUUAGGGAGUGACAUUUGGAGAGGGGAGUGGGAAAGGGGAACAGCUGGGGAGGAAGAAGGGAGACAAGGAUAGAGAAAUAAGACUUGGGGGAAAAGGGAGAGGGAAAUGGCCAGACAAGGAGAGAGAGGAAAAGAUUUUGAGAGGUGAGAAAAAUGAGGAGGGAAGUAGAGAUGGAAAGAGACAAAGGGAAACAAGUGAAGAGAGAGGCGAGGCAUUUGGAGAGUAAUGAGGAGAGGGGGAGACAGUUGGGAAGAGUUGGAAGAGGGAAGCAGAUGGAGAGGAGAAGGAGGCAAAGGGAAAUGGAGAGGAAGGGAAAGGGACACAGAUUUGAAGAGAGGAAUAGAGAAAGAAAGAUGGGGGAAAUGGAGAGGGAGACAUCUGGAGAGCAAGAAGGAAAGGGAAGAGGGAGACAGAUGGGGAGAAGAGAGGAAGACAGGCAGGGAGAAAGAAAGGAAGACAGAUGGGGGAAAGAGGGAAGCAUUAAAAAAAGAAAAUAAAAAUGGGGAGUGAGGAAAACUAACUAAUUGGGAAGGAGCCAAAUAGAAAUAGGGAAAGACAGAGAGGAAGACAUUGGGAAAGGGAGUAAUGGGAGGGAGAGGGACAAUAGGGAAGGGAUACAGUUGGGAACAGGGAGGCUUAUGUAGGGAGGGAGAGGGAAACAGGCAGGAGAGAAAAUGAAAGAAGAGGGUAAAAGGGAACUGGAUGAGAAGGGAGAAUUUAUUUGGAAGAGGGAGACAAAGAUGGGGAGAACUACAUGGAGGAAGACUGAAAUGUGGAUGGAGAGAGGAGGAAAGAGAGACCAGUAUGGAUAGGAGAGAGGAACAGGGAGUUAGAUGGGGAGAGAGGCAGGGAUCGUCAUAUAGGGAAAGAGACUGUCAGGAAGUAGAGAUGAGGAAAGCUUACCCUUAAAUAGUUGAAAAAAGACAGUGUUGCAACUGAAGAAUAAGGAUGUAAGGCCCCCUGAUCACCCCUCCUGAGAUGCGUAGAAUCAAUCCUCUGAGCCUGGGCUAAGGUAGCAUACAGAAUAUCCACAGUUCCCAGAAAUCAAAGUCCCGCUUCCCUGGGCCUUAGUUUCCUUUCCAAAUACUCUGGGAUAUGAUUCUGCUGGAAACUCAGCAUUACCAGGCUGGAGUAUGGAGCAGGGAACUGAAUUGGGGACAGAGCUCCUAUUCAGACAAAGCUGAUCCCUGUGGAGAAGAGAAAGGGAGCUUGGCUCUACAGGAGCAACCCUCACUGACAUCACUGUCCAGGGCUGUUUCCCAGGGAGACCUAAGCAGAAUGAGAGGUUUUGGAAAUGGGUUUAAAGACAGAGGAGCCUGAAGGAAUGUGGGCUCCAGUGGACAUAUAGCUCAGGGGACUGGCCCAGGAGAAGUUUCUCUUAGAUAUACUGUCAGGAACACCAGGUUGGCUCAGACACUUGGUGUUUUGGCCAGCAUUCAUUACCUAGAGUGGGGCUGAAGCCCACCUGGCUACCUCUUGCUUGGAUGCUCUUUAGCAGGAAAGUAUGGCUUGGUUGGGCUGAUUCAUUCAUAGGGAAACAGAGGGGAUGGGAGCAGAAGGGAGCUCCUUGCAGGGUCUAGUCUUAGGAAGGCAAAAGGGGCGCAGCUGGAUUUUGUGCUCCAAAGAAUGAAAAAAAAAACUUAUUGUGUGCAAGGUGUUGUGAUAGGUGCUGGGGAUACAAAGAAAAGACAGCCCAUGCUCAAAAGAAGCCCACAUUCUAACAGAGGGAGACCACCCAUAGAAGAAACUUCAGCUGUAAGUCAGAUAGAUGCAAGGGCUCCCUGCCCAGAGGGUGCAUCAAUACAGAUAAUAAUGAUCUUGUUCAAUAGAGCCUUCUAGACACCCAAGUGAUACAGGGUGGCAGCCAUAUCUGAAUGACUGUUAGGGUUUGUCUCCUAAGACAACCCUGAAAGCUUCUUAGGACAGAUCUAUCUAGGCCAUCCUAUGUCAGGGGUUCUUAAAGUGGAGUCCUUGGAUUCAUGGAUAAAUUUCAGGGGGGGGGGGUUGUCCAAUUAACCCAUUGGAUAGGAAGAAAAUCAUAUCUUUAUUUUCAAUAAUGUCUAAAAUUUAGUAUUUCCUUCAGUUAUUUGAAAACCUGAUUCUGAGAAAGAUUCCACAGGCUUCGACAAACCGGCAAAGGAGUCCCUGACACAAUAAAGAUUAAGAACCCCUGGCCUGAUCAGAGGCACCCAAAUGUUUCCUCCAUUCCUCUACCCUAGCCCAGAAAGAUCUGGGAAUAAGUAAUGGCAACAACAUUCCUAGCCCAAGAAGCUGCCUGGCCUCUUGGACAUGCCUAGACAAGGGGAUACCUAUUUACCCUGAGUUGGGAACUCUCAGGGGGAAUGACUUUAGAGCAGGAAAAUUCCAUCUUUUGGAGACAGUGGAAAAGGCUGCUCUGACAGAGGGGAUGAUAGAGUAUAGGUUUUGGUCAGGACCUUGAAAACUCCUCACAGGCUCUAUUGGGAUAAAUGGCCCAGUGACAGUGGGAAACCAGAGUCGGGGUUGGGGGGAAGGUCCAGGCUUUCAAUUUAAGAGAAGGAGGGAUGGUGUUGGUGUCAUAGCAGAGCUCAACAACCCUCUCAACAACAUGCCCUCCUUCAGAUGAGACUGUAGUGAGACUUGGGGAAGUGAAGACAGGAAUAUCCUUUCUACAAAAGCCAUGUUCAGUCAAUAUCUCAACCAAAUUGUCCCUGCCUUGGUUGCCAUCUUCUUUCCUGGCUUGCUGUUCCUGCCAGAUGGAAUGGGGGUGAAAGGGGGAGUGCCAGUCUCCAAAGAGCUGGAUGCUUUGUCCCCAGGGGUGGUGAUGGUGAGGGUCCUAUGCCAUCUGUUGUUAGGCUAGCUUGGUCUUGUGAAUACUUCAUCAGUCAAUACAGUUUGAGUGUAUCUUCACUCUUCAUUGUUAGACACGGCAAUCUCAGUUUUGGUCCUGGAGCCCCUUCGAUGCUGGAUUUUAGCUUCAGUGCAGGUGGAAUGGUGUUCAAUAAAGGAAUUUAUAUCACCA